AUGGUACUGAAGAUCGCGGAGAAACGAGCGGAGGGGAAUUGCAGGAUAUGGGGUCACUCGGAUCGCUCGCUUCGUCCGGGGAGUGAUGGGGGGCAUCAACUACCCCCGCGAAGCUAUAAGGGGGUAGAAACGAGGUGGAGCCUGCGUGCGCUUUAUUUUCGUUCAAAACGGCGCAUUCCGUACGUGCCAUGUGCCCAGACUGCAGAGAACCUAUAUGGCACAUUUGAGGAUCCCCCACGCUGCGAAAGGGGCGUGUAUCUUUGGUUCGAGGAAUACAGGGAGUUUCAAGGGUACGCCUAA